UAACAGACUGAACGGAUUCCAGGAGUUUUUUAAGUCGUGUUCAAACUGCUCAAAAUUCAGAUGUGCAAUGAGAGCUUUAAGUAAACGGAAAAGGCUUUCCUACGAGCUGAGCUGAACUGGAAGACACACUCUGAGUGACUUCCUUAUUUGAGCUGGGAGCACACACACUGAAUCUAUCAUCAUGGCUUCUGUCAGACUAUGACAGAAACAAGAAUGAAAGAAUGAAGCUGCACCUCUUUCUCCAACAACUCCUGUGUUUGAAGGUCUGAGGGAAAAUAUGUUGGAAAAUCACAUGAUUCUACCGGCUUCAUUUAACCUUUGAUCACUGUUUGGCAAGUAAAAGUGAAAAUGAGUCACGUGGGACAGGAAAGUCAAGGGACAGGACUGGGUGAUGUCUUUUGCAUUCUGGAAAAAGCACCUUCUGAGCGAUUGCUAAGCCUAACAUUCCAGUUGGGUGAGUCCCCUGAAGAGAUUAUCAUACACGCCUUGUGUCUGAUUAUUCUCCAGAGAGAGACACAGGCCCUGAACAAGCUCCAGAUGCUUGGGGACAACUCCCUCGCUAACUAUCUGGCUGAAAAGUGCCACACGAGCAGAGUUAAAUUAGAAGAUUUUGGAGCUUACUGCUGUAGAUUUCAAGCACAGUCGGGAGAAUCUUUAUCAGCAUUGGCUAAGAUUUUUAAAGUUUUGUCCGAGCAGAGGCUGUGUGAUCCACCCCUGAGAAAUCUGGCAUAUAAGAGAGCUCUUUAUAGUGACUGCUUUAAGGCAAGCAAUUCUGAUUAUCUGGAAUAUAACCAGUUCAUAGAGGAAGCUAAAGUUGUAUGUGGGCCUCACUUUGCAGAGUGGAUGUCCUCCAUUGACCUCAGGUCAGAGUUUUCUUCUGAUCCUAAAAAAAGCCUGGAUGAGGGAAACACAACUUUAAAAAUGUCUGUGUCUCAGUAUUCAGACAUUCAGUGUGUUCCCAGUCCUCUGCAGGAGAGCCCCUCCAUGUCUUCAUACCCUACUCAUCUUGAGAUAAGUAUUCCUCCAACGGAUUUAUUUCAAGGGGACAAAGUAGCACCAGAAAACCCUGAAAAAAACCCUCCUCUUCUAGUUAGUGAAAAUGUAUCAAAAAUCACAGCUGGGUCCACUGGAUCUCUUCAGCUUCAAGCAGAGGAAGGCUCAAAGACGGACGGAACAGUAGCAACAAUAAGCAGUGAGUUGAAAAGGCAUACCCUGAAUGAGACUCCAACACCGCCAAAUAACCCAAGCAUUGAACCCAAACUCGCUCAACCAUCUGCCACAAACAUUAUUCUACCUAAGAUGCCCUCUCCACAACAAAUGUAUAAAAAUAAAGUGGCAGAAGAGGAGGAAGAGGAAACUUUUUAUGCAUUCGUUAUCCUGCAUGCACCAGAGGAUACUGACAUGGCAGAGAGUCUGAAGGAAGAAAUUGAAACAGUCAUCAAGAGCGAAGGUGCAACUUACUCUGAGGAUUUUGCCAUUCCUGGAAAGAGCACACUGAGGUGCGUGGAGGAUGCUAUCAACAACUCAGCCUUCACCUUCCUGCUGCUCACCCGCAACUUCAACUCAAAGAUGCUAGAGAUGAAAACAAACAUCGCCCUUAUCAAUUCCAUAAACAAGAAACACAAGUUCAAUACGGUUAUCCCUCUGCUGCCACGAGAGAACUGCAUGCCCAGACUGAGUAUCCCUCCCGUCCUGCAGACUUUGGUUCCACUGGAUGUCAACAAGAGAUUUGACAGAAAACUACAAAAGUCUCUGUCUACAGCAAAGAUUGGGAGACAGAGAAAUAUCUGGACGGAGGAGCAGACAAUGAGACUGAAUCAGUUAAGGAUGCAGGAAAAAGAGAAGCUGAGCCAUUACAUGGAACAAAAACACCUCCUGGGCCCCAGUGUGCCACCAGGACAGGAUGAUGGUGAUGGCAGGGCUUGGUGGCCACCACAGCCCAACAUUCAUAUUGAAAAUGCUAGAUACAUCAUGAUCGGUAAUGACUCCAAAAUGACAGUGGAUUUUGGUGUAAAUGCUGACAAAGAUGGUUCAGUUCACACUGAGGAGGAGCACUAAGCUUUAAAAAGACAGUUUAUGCUUGAAGAAUAACUGAAAUACUUGUGUUUUCUGAACACUAAACAGUAAAAGCUGUAGUAGCAGUGGGCUGUUCACUGGUAAUUGCUCCCAUGCGUUUUAAACCCACCAGCUAAAGAUUCAAUAAAACUCCAAAAAGAGCAGUAAGGCAUAAUCUAAAUGUUAUGAGAUAGCACAGUGAGGUGCAGGGCACCUUUUAUAUUUGGAUAAAGACUGCCAUCUACUGAUCGUACCUAUGUGAUAUUUACUGUCAGACUUAUUCAGCUGUGUGAACUUUCUGUGGGCACUAGGGAGCACUACUGCUACACGUUCCAUAAGAUCAUUCCAAAAGCACUAUCGUCUGGUAGUGUUGUUAUUUCAGAUGAAUAAAAAAAAAAAAGGAAUGUUCUCGUUUAUUAAAUGUUUUUACUGUCUGUAUGUCACGAAUGCCAGAGCUUUAAUACAUUGUCUUUUGCAUCUGAACCUUUUAUAACAGUAAUAGUGGUAAUUAGUUGUGACAAAAUUAUUCAUAAGAAAUCAGUGAUGCAUGUCUGAUAUUUAUAUUUAGGACAGAAAGUGUUUACAAGCAGAGAAGAAACUACCAAGAAAGAUAUGAGUGAUGUCUGACAUCUAUAAAUGUCUGUAGAUGUAUCUUCGUUACACAUGGUGCAUUGUUCUCAGGUAAAUCCAUUCUUAACAAAACAGCUAUAUAAUCAAACAUUCACUCAGGUUCAAAUGAAUGAAUUAUUUUAAGCCAAAAGUAUAUCAUUAUUGAAGGAACACACAAACUAACUGUCCUCUUUAAAUUUUCCCUAAUUUGCAGUCACUUCAGAAAGAUUUUUAAAAAAUGUUUUUCAAUAAAUAGAUUUAAAUCUCUCUUUUACAGAAGUAUUAAGGAUACUUGUUGCACUCUUCAUUGUGCUCAAUU